AUGAUCAAGCCACAAGAGACAUACCGUCUCGUCUAUCCCGAUGUGCCUAACCCUUCGCCGACAUAUAUCUCGUAUGGACUGAACUACACCGACGCCUGUGCGCGGCACGUCGAAGGCACCUUCGACGCGAAACGAGUGUACAUCAUCGCGUCGACGACACUCUCGCACAAGACAUCGUUUGUGUCGGAUCUCGAAAAGGCCCUGGGGCCACGCCACGUCAAGACAUGGCGCGGCAUCCGGCCGCACUCGCCCUGGGACGACCUGGUCCCGAUCAUCAACGACAUGCGCGCACUUAACCCGGACCUGCUGGUCACGCUGGGCGGCGGCUCGCUCGCCGACGGGGCCAAAGUGAUUGUGUAUGCGCUGGCGAACGGGGUCGGCAAGGUUGCCGACCUCGAAAAGAUUCUGGCCUCGUCCGACGAGGAUAAAGGCGCAGGGGGCGCGGCCGCGCACGUCCGCAACCGCACCGGCCAGGGCCACGACCCGACCGUGCCUAUGGUGUUCAUCCCCACGACCCUCUCGGCCGGCGAAUACUCGUCGCUCGCCGGGUCCGCCAACCCGACGACGCACCAUAAGCCCGUGAUGAAGCACGACAAGACGUACGCGCGCCUGGUCAUCCUCGAUCCCGCGUUGACCACCACGACGCCCGAAUGGGUCUGGCUCUCGACCGGCGUGCGCGCCAUCGACCACUGCGUCGAGGCACUCUGCACUAAGGACUUACCCGCGAUCGUCCGGACCGCCGCAGACACAUCCCUGCCGACGCUCGUGACGACCCUGCUCCGGACGAAGAGCGACCCGACCCUGCUCCAACCCCGGCUCGACGCCAUGGUCGCCGCGAGCCGAAUCACCGUUAAGCUGAUGUACGUCCCGCGCAUCUUCAGCGGCUGCAGCCAUGGGAUCGGGCAUCAGCUGGGUCCGCUGGGUGUCGGGCACGGUCACACUAGCUGCGUCCUGUUGCCGGCCGUGUUGAGGUUUAAUCUCGCCGAGCCCGGGCAGCGCGAGAAGCAGGAGCACGUAAAGGACCUCAUCUGGCGCGAGGGCGGCGAUGAGGUCAGGCGCGUCUUGACCGACGCCGGGCUGGAAGAGUCCACGGCCGACGCGUCGAGUUCGUUGCGGGCCAUUUUCGACGCCCUGGGCAUGCCGAGCACAUUGAAGGACGUCGGUGUUGGCCCCGAGCAUUUCGACGCCCUCGCCGUGAACAGUCUCGAUGACUUCUGUACCAUGGCCAACCCGGUCAAGAUUGUGGAUAAGUCGCAGAUCUUGGAGAUCCUGAACAUGGUGGCCGGAUGA